GUCGCCUCGGUAACGGCGUCGUGGAGGCGAAAGAUGGCGGGGCGAAGUAUUGGCCUCAGGAGUCGGAGCGUUUCAGGGACUCCGCUCCCGCCACGCGUUCAGCAACCUGCUACACUUCGUCGGGACCUCCUCGCCAAGGAGGAAGAAUAUAAGCGUUUAAAUGCAGAAUUAGAGGCAAAAACGGCUGAUCUUGUUCGACAAGCCGAGGAAGUAAUAAGAGAUCAGCAAGAAGAAAGAUCUAAGUCUAUUUCAACACAAAUUAAAUCAUAUGAAGAGGAAGAUGAUUACAGUUUAAGAGGUCCAUUAUUGUCUGAAGGGACAGUUCAUUUACAUUCAGAAACUAAGCCAAAGACCAAAAACGUUGAUACAAUAAACAAAGGUCAAAACAAACUACACUCUUCAAGUAAAGGAAAGAAAAAAAAUUCAAGUAUAAAAUUGAAAUACUCUGAUGUACAAACUGCCAAUGAUGUUGCCAUUCCGGAGGAUUUCUCAGACUUCUCUCUUGCAAAAACAAUUAGCAAAAUUGAAGGGCAACUGGAGGAAGAAGGCUUACCUGAUGUUAUAGAUGAUGAUAUUUUUUGUGGUGUUAGUAAAGACAUUGGAACAGAAGCACAGAUCAGAUUUCUAAAGGCCAAACUCCGUGUUAUGCAGGAGGAAUUGGAUAAUGUUGUGUGUGAAUGCAAUAAAAAGGAGGAUGAAAUUCAGGAUUUAAAGUCUCAACUGAAAAAUUUUGAAGAAGAUUGUGUGAGACAGCAGCGAACAAUUAAUUUACAACAGUCUCAAACGGAAAAAUAUAAAGCUCUUUUCGAAGAAGCAAACAAAAAAUGUGAUGGAUUACAGCAACAGUUGUCUUCAGUAGAAAGGGAAUUAGAAAAUAAAAGAAGACUGCAAAAACAGGCUGCCACUAGUCAAAGUGCCAUGGAAGUUCGCUUGAAUCGAGCUCUGGAAGAAGCAGAAAAGUAUAAACUGGAGUUAAGUAAAUUAAGGCAAAAUAACAAGGAUAUAGCAAAUGAAGAACACAAAAAAAUUGAAAUGUUAAAAGCAGAAAACAAGAAGCUAGAAAAACAAAAAGGAGAACUAAUGAUAGGGUUCAAGAAACAAUUAAAAUUAAUUGAUAUUUUAAAAAGGCAGAAGAUGCAUAUUGAAGCUGCUAAGAUGCUGUCUUUCACUGAAGAAGAGUUUAUAAAGGCACUUGAAUGGGGGAAUUAGUAAGUGAUCUACUUCUUCACCUACAGUAUGUGGUGGACAUAUAUACCCUUUAAGUUUUAAUGGUUUGAAUUAUUUUUACAUGUAAUGAAGAUAUUUGAUACUGAAAUCAAAAUAAUUCCAAAUUUCCUAUUUAAAUUGGGGUAUACAAAAUUGAUAUCUAAUUAUUAGAAAAUAUCUUGUAAAACAAAGUACCAGGAGUUUAACUUUUAAUUCUGUUAUCACUCUUAUGACCUUCUAGCCAUUGUCAACUUCUGAGUAGAAUAUUUUAUAUUCUAGAGAUUUAGCUCUAGUUUGUGAAUGGCAUUUAUCUGAAAGUCUGUUUCUCUAUUCUUACUGACAAUUAAGUGCAUUAGGUAAUAAAGCACUUUAAAAUUCCCCUUUACUUUUCUCUCUACUGUACAGUGGACAGGGAAAGAUUUCCCUGGCCAAAUCAGGGAAGUAAAGUUCCCAAACACAAAGACAAAAGUGGUAUGGAGAGGUCAGUCUCCUGGGUUUAGCCUAUGAUAUGGAGUUUGGUUUAGAACUCAGAUCUUCAAAUUAUCAGUACAAAAACAAUAGUUUGAUUAAAUGCAAUUAACUGCAGUUAAAAUAUACUCAGUAAUUUAAUUUUUAUCAGAAAACAAAUGUUUUAUAGAUAACUGUUUACAAAUCAUGAAAUACAAAGAUGUUUUAGAAAAUCCAGAGACAAUGGAUUCCUACGCUCACUGAGCUGGAAAACAAAAAUUACACUGACAUCUAGUGGUAACAUUCAAGAGUAAGAUUUUACCAAAUCUUGGUAUCACUUCUCUUCACAAUUUUCACUCCUUUUCUGGUACGCCUUCCUAAACUCUUCACCAAGCAUAUCAAUAUCAUCCUCUUUUUUGAAUACUCCCUACAAGAAAAAUAUGUUGUGUGUUACUCUGCCAGAAUAUUUCACUAAAUGUAAGACCAAAAGAUAUAUGGACAUGAAGCUUUAAGGUUAUCUCCAAGAUAAUGAAAUCUAUUUAAUGUAUUUAUGAACAUUUUUUUCUGAAAUUGACUUGAUAUAUAUUAUUUGCUGAAUACUCUUGGACUGACCUGAUUUCCUGAUCUAUCAGACCAUGUGUUAGAACUUACUUACAAGUACUGCUUCUUGGAUGGGCUGCAUGAGAAGUAAUUUAAUCCAUACUGUACCCUCUACCCUUGUUUUGAAGCAGCUCUACAGUAUGUGUGAGGGCGGUCAGGGUGAAGAGACUGAGCUUUGCCAGAUUCAGGCAUGGGACUGGCUCUUGGCUCAAUUCUAUGCCUAAUCAGCAAACGUUCAAUCUUGCAGAAGAGAAUCCAGAUUUGGAGUUAAACCAAUUAAUUUUUAAUCCCUUUAAAACAAAAUUAAAUAUUUACUUAUCUAAAGAAUCCAAAGAAUAAUUUAAGUCAUUUGAAGCCCUUAGGACCUAAAGGAUACAAUCAUUUUAGGUUAUUUUGCUUCACAAAUACCUAAAACCCAGGCUCUCCCGAAAUUUAUAGUGUAUAUUAUGAAAUUUAUCGAUUCCAAUUUGAUACAGUAUAAAAUAACUAUAACUCAAUAAAAAAUGUUAAAAAAUAAAAGGUAAAAAAAAAUCAA